AUGGCCUCCCUACGAUUUCAAGGAUUACGCUCCGUUUUCCGGGGUCAAGCGAAUCCCCUUCGCACCCAGCAGCGCCGCUGGGCUCAAGUUCACGAUGUGCGCUUUCUAGCCUCGCACCACGAUCCCAAGCACGUCUUGGACAAGUAUCGUUCCAAGCUGGAUCAGAAGGCUAAACAAGAAGGCCAUGAGUCCGUUGAUUCCUUGAAAGAAGCCUACAGCGACAAGAUCCACGAUUUGCGCCGUCAAGCAUCGACCGCGACCACCCCAGAACCCGAGACACCUGAAAAACAAUCACCCUCUGCCCAAUCUCCGACCGUACAUGCUGCCCGCAAAGCAACCGACAAAGCCAGUCCCAUUAAGCCUCUGAGCACAUACGUCGAUGUCGAAAAGAUCCGCGAGCUCCCAGCCAAGGAGAUCGAAGCACUCUGGCGUCUCCGUUUCGCCAACAACCCAACUACCGUUUGCGCGGCGAUCCCUCUCGAAAUAUACCAGCGUAUUUUCAACGCCGCACGUCAGCACCCCCAAUUCGUUCUCCCACUCCCACGACAGACCGCCGAGGAACAAGAGGAGACCACCGCUGAUAUUCACUUCCUACAAUGGGCAUUCCACCCCCCUGCCGAGGAACCCGUCAUUACUUCCUCCUCGGGAGAGACAGCUAAUACCCAUGUCUCCACGGUGAUCUUCACCCACCUUGGGGCAUUCAAGAUGCACGGUUCUUUCGCCCAGCCGCACACGACUGUUACACAUUAUUUGGAUUUGGCAGAUGACAAGGGUCUUGUCUUGAUGCACGGACAGGUCGUGCCUGACCGUGGUGUGUCUACUACGGAGGCUACAUGGCUUGUCAGCUGUGUGCAACGUUUCUACGAUUUUGAGGGACAGGCCAGCGGACGCAAGAGCGAGCUUGUCCGCAUGUUCACUCGUGGAGACACGGAGAAUUUCAAGGUGGAGGAAUUGAUGGAGGAGAGUGAAAAGAUCCAGUAG